UAGAGUAAUAGUAGUGACAUAUUAAACAAAAUAUUAAGAGGAAGUUAACUUUGCUGGUAGGAGAGGAGGAGGUUAUGACAAUCAGCUGUUGCAAGCAGUGUUGGGAGGAGGACCAAGAUCACCUUAUUUUAUCCUCCAAGUAACACCUCAGGGCAUUGGCAUUGUGUUUUUUAGCCAAUAAUGUUAGAUUUCUGAGCGUCUUGUACUCAAUAUGGAUGGAUUAGAUCGAUUCUCACUACUGUUGCUGGAGCCUGGGGAGAUUUAUUUUGAGGAUUUUGCUGCAAUUUAUGUUCUUCCAAAUGACAGUGUCAACAAGGAUGGCUGGGAAGAGAAAUUUGAAGAUGGUCUAUUGAGAGGCAGACUGAAGGUGUGUUCAAAGUCACUGGUGUUUGAUCCCAAAGACCCACGUGCUCCCAUCAUUAAGUUUCCUUUCCGUACAUUUGAGGCCAUCGACGAAGGCACGACUACACAGACUAAACAGCUGUUCUUUAGUGAGGAUGAACAAAUUGUCAUUGAAGUAACAUGCAGUAUGACUGUGGAGAUGCUGGAAGGUGGAGUAUUACAGCCUUACAAGUUCUGCAGGGAGAAGCACAAACACAUGUUCCAGUUGAUAUAUGCAGAUGUCUCGACAGUACUGCCACAAAUUUGCCAACUGCAGAGAGCUUCAACACUGCCCCCUAAUGAUCAAAAUAUAAUGAUUCAAGCAAUAGUUAGAUCGAGACAGAGCAGACGAAAGUUUGAUCGGGCACUGCUGGGAGACCUCUCUGAAGCAGAGAUUUACGAGACCAAGGCCAAUAAAGUCACCCCUUUGGUGACCAACCCCGGCACUAUACUCCUCACCACAUCCAUGCUCUACUUCCAGCCUCACAAUAAUGUGGAGAAGUAUCCUGUGAUAAGAAUCGGUCUUGGGGAUAUUCGACAAGUCAUCAAAAGACGCUAUCUUCUUCGACAAGUGGGCCUAGAGGUAUUCUGCAGAGACCAGUGCAUGGUGAAGCAUUUGCUGUUGACAUUUAAGGAAUCUCAGGAGAGGGACAAUCUGUACGAGCAGAUAACUAAGCAGGAAAGAGUAUGUAUGGACGACAUGCGGCAAGACAACAUGAGUUACCAGUGGCAGGCAGGAGCAAUAUCAAACUAUGACUACCUCUGCUAUCUUAACAGUCAGGCCGAUAGAAGUGAAAAUGAUUUAACGCAGUAUCCGGUGUUUCCCUGGGUGCUGGCGGACUAUGUGAGCGAGUCACUGGACCUGACUGAUCCUGAAAUAUAUCGUGACCUGUCAAAACCCAUUGGUGCUCUCAAUGAAGAUAGACUAAGAAGAUUAAAGGAACGUUGCAAAGACAUGCCUGAACCAAGAUUCUUGUUUGGGUCGCACUACUCUACACCGGGGUUCGUGUUGUUCUACCUGGUGCGGCAGUACCCACAGUAUAUGCUCUGUCUGCAGAAUGGUCGCUUUGAUCAUCCUGAUAGAAUGUUCAACAGCCUUGCUGAAACCUGGUGCAAUGUCACUACAAAUCCAUCGGACUUCAAAGAACUUAUACCAGACUUCUACAAUUUGGAUGGCUCCGCAGACUUCCUCACUAAUUCACUACGCAUCAAUUUUGGUGUGAGACAGAAUGGAAAAGCAAUCGGCAAUGUGGAGUUACCACCGUGGGCUAAAGAUCCUCGCAGUGUGAUAAAGAUGAUGAGAGAAGCUCUUGAGUCGGAACAUGUCUCCAUGAACUUGCACCUUUGGAUUGAUCUUCUAUUUGGCUUUAAGCAAAAUGGAGAGGAGGCAGAGAAAGCUGAUAAUUUGUUUUAUCACCUCUGCUACGAAGGCUCUGUUGAUCUGGCUGCUAUUACAGACCUCAACGACAGACUGGCUCUAGAAGUUCAGAUCACAGAAUUCGGACAGGUGCCGAAGCAGUUGUUUUCCAGGCCGCAUCCUAAGAGGUCGCGAUCGUAUGGCCUUUAUGACUCGAUUCACCUGUCCAAUAAGACGCUGGAAGGGGCACUUGAUUCAGGGGAGGAUUGUGCCGAGAGUGAUGAGAAUCGCCCAAGAAGACCUAACUCCAAUAUCCAGAACCUGUGGCAAAGACUGAUGGAUCUUGCAGAAGUACAGCAGUGUAAGGUUCACCGUGAAGCUGUCAUGGGUGUCGCCUUCACCUCUGAUGGACAGCAAAUGAUGUCUGUUGCUCAAGACUCGCUGAUAAAGGUGUUCACUGUGCCAAAGUUAGAACAGACGAGGAGUGUCCGUUUGAGCUCUAUGGCAAUGUCGUGUUGUCUUCACCUGCCGGGGACAGACACGGUUGUUGUUGGCUCGUGGGAUAACAAUGUGUACAAGUACAGUAUGCAGUACGGGCAGGUGUGUCUGCUGUUAGAGGCUCACUGUGAUGCAGUCUCGUGUAUGCAGUGGAACAACAACAUUCUUGUCACUGGGUCAUGGGACUGCACGGCACGAGUUUGGUCCGUAGAUAAUGGUACAGAAAAUGGUGCAGGAAAUGGAGAAGAGAAUGCACGAGGACGGGGAGGCACACUGUCUGCUGGUCAGAACAUUAUUUGUGAAAUGGAUCAUGACUCACCAGUGUUGUGUGUGGCCCUACAACCAGAGGGAUCACUACUGGCCACAGGGAACCAGGAUGGCAUUCUGACCCUGUGGCAUCUGCCCGCAGGAAAUCUGAUGCACCAGUUAGAAUGUAACGCGGAUGGUGUGAACACGGCUGUGUGGAAUGAGGCAGAUGAUCGGAUAUUGACUGGUGGGGAAGAUGGCCACUUGAACAUUGUUGAUGCUCAUCAGGGCGCAAAGAUUUGUGUGCACAACCUUCAGGAAGUUAUAAGGUGUGUGGCUUGGGAAGGACGACUGGUCAUUGCAGGUGGCGAGUCGGGUGACGUGAUAAUGUUCGACAUGGGGACUGGUUUGGUGAUCAAGAGGUUAAAGGCACACAAUUGUCCUGUUACGAGUUUAUCGGUGAGUCUCGACAACCUGCAUCUGGUGACUGGCGGUGAAGAUCGGAGGGUUAUACUAUGGGGUUUGAAGUCUUGAAGUCUGCAGGUUGAGCAAAGGAAGUUUGAUUAUACCUCAGUUAUGUUGCCUUGGUCUGGUUACUUUCCUUGAGGGGAGUUCAUCAGGCCAUCAGAUAGCCUUGUAGAGAUCAGUUACUGAGUGACCUGUAGUUAGUGGUAGUUUUUAGAUGGUAACUUUUAAGUAUUGAGAGUAUUUUUUACUAUACAUACUGUAAUUUUUAAGUUUCUUAGGACAUAUUUACUCAGAAGCAUUGGUUGAAAUUUAUGAUAUUGUACUUGCAGAAAGUUUUACUAGUUAGUGAAAAUCUCAAAAGUACAUUGUGGUAAUGCUUCGGCAAAGUGAUACAAAAACGCUUAAAGCGCAAUUAUUUUAUUUGUGAAAUCAAGCCUUUGUCUUGUGGAUAAGUUUUUAUGAAUGAUAUUGAAUAUCAUUAGCUGAUUCCGGGGAAAUUUUUUUAAGGUAGAAUAUGCAAGGACUACCAACAUUCUGUAAUGUUGUAUGGUAAUCCAUUUGUUAAUUUUAUUGAACACAUUUAAAGCCCCAUGAAGUACCCACACAAGUGUUUGAUGUGCUUAAUUUUCUUGAUAUGGUUGUUGGAAGUAUAGCAGUAAUAAGUGACUUGAGAAACACGUAAGAAAACUCAGUUUAGAGUCGUCUUGUCAUAAGCUGUCAUUUCACACUUACAUUUUUCCCCCACACCUUUUAAUGCAAAAUGAUCGUACUUCUCCUUACCGGAUUGUUUUUGGAUUAGGCAUAGGCCCCCGACUUGCUGCAUAUCAUAUUAAGUGUGCACUUGAUGCCAAAGGUUCGUGUAGUGUUUAAGAAGUAUUUGUAUGCUAAUUCAGUAGCUUGUCUAUAAAUUGAAUCCUUUUGGAUACAGUAAUUGCCUUUUGUUUAAGGAUUACUGGUUUGUCUGGACCAUCUUCAGUUCACCCAGCUGUAAAUGGUUACCCAUCUUCAAUUGGUGAAGUGAAGGUGAUAAAGCAAAACACUGGUCACACUGCCUCCUCCUGGUGUACAGUACUGAAAGCUUACGUAGUCAUGUGUGCUGUAUCGGGCCUCGUUAACCCACAUUAACCGUUUACAAAAGGUGAACAGUAAUAUAAACAUACGGUACUUUACUUUUACUUUUAUCCUUUUCACCACUGAUCGGCUCGUUAGCCGCUUGGGCGAUCGGUUACGUCUCCGUUACGCACUAUUGGCAAGUACUGGGCAUGCACUGGCUCCUGAAUG